GUCCGCCUCGCGAAAGGAUCCACAGCCCACGAGCUACCUCGUUGAGCCUCUCGUGCAGUUGUCGAGUCGCACGGCGAAGAGGUGCGGGGUUGGCUGUCGUCGACAUUGCAGCAGCUGACCCGAGCCAGCGACCACGCCUCUAAAGAAGGCAUUGCCAGCGUCAAGGAAUGUCUUUUCAUGCUGCACAAGGGCAUGCUCUCGACGAAAGCAGGCAAGAUCAUGGAGAUCGCAGUGUCAUGUCGGUCGCACGCCAUCUUCACGGUGCUCCUCAAGCAGCGGGCCACGACGCCGAGCAAAGUCGUUGGCCAAGGGGCUCCGGUUCAAAGAAGGCAUCGACAUGAACAAGAUGCGCCUCGCCCUCGGCAAUGUGAUCAAAGAGCGCACCGUCUCGCGAUGCGCACGAAGUGGCUCCAACAUUCUCUUGGCGACACAGCCCGACGUUCAUGCUCGUUUGCGUUCACCCUGGCACCGCAACAUCAGCCAAACCCCUCCACUUCCUCGAGUGUGCGGCGCACCUGCAACAAAGUCGUCAUCAACCACACAAACGACGCUAAUGACGCCAGACCAACCCUCAUGACGACCACAGAGUCCCAACUUCGUGUCCAAGUCGAGCGGCGUCUGCUAGAACGAGAUGCGCUCCAAGCUGAGCAACUGGUCCAAUUCCAGAAUUCGAACGACCCUCAAGCCCAAAGAGAGGCGGAUGGGACGACAGCACAUCGUCGACCCCGUCGAUUUCACACACGCUGUGAUGUGCCAUUUUACAUGGAGAUGCCAUCGGCAUCAAGAAAACCGUGGACGAUCUGGCUGUGGGAAUUGGCGUACCACACAUAACCCCCAGCAGUGAGCUGGGGGUCCUGUGCCCCUUACAACUUGUCGGAGGCAAAAUUAUUAGCCCACGGCGUCCGUGUGCCUCGCCGCCGUGCGUAAGAUCUCGUUUAACGUUGCUC